AUGAGAAUAGAGAACGACCACCAGUAUCCAGCGAAGUGGCGAAGAACACCCAACCAGCCAAUCGACACGACGGUCAGCGCCUCGGCGGACGGCGGAGACCAAGUUUCAACAGAAAAAUGUCAACAGUUCAGGCUCCGGCGACUAGCGAAUAGGAGAAAGAGCGUACGAUACCAAUGGUGUCGGCAACUGGAAAAGAGUACAAAACAACAACGGUCUGAAUGGGCGCCGAUGUUCUUCGGGUUAGUUACGAGAAAAAGUAUUCUGAAAUCUGGUGGUUUGAAUAAACUUUUGAUUUAG